CUGCUCCUCCCCCCAUCCCAGAGGUGUUCUGGGCCCCUUAAGGGCCCCCGGCCAGCACUGGCUCCGUGCCCGAGCCUCUAACAGGCAUCUCCAGCUGCUCUGCCAUGGAGGAGACGGUGCCCUCAGUGGAAGCUUACGAGGCGGCCAUGGUGCUCAGCGGGGUGGGGGAUGCGCUGGGGUACCGAGGGGGCCGCUGGGAGUACUGCACCUCAGGCCCCCAGAUCCACGCUGAGCUGGCUGAGCUGGGGGGGCUAGAGGCCAUCACCCUCGAGCCCCCCGAGUGGCCCGUCAGCGAUGACACCGUCCUGCACCUCGCCACCGCCGAAGGCCUGGCCACAGGCCUGGAGGGGGAACCCCUCCUGCAGGAGCUGGCUCGCCGCUACGUGGCUGCCAUGGGAGACAUGGAGGGACGCAAGCCUGGACCCACCAGCAUCCUGGGCACCUCACAGCUGCGGCCUGGGGAGCCCGAGGGCUAUCGCAUCCCCUUCAACCCCCGCGGCACCGGCUGCGGGGCCGCCAUGCGCAGCCUGGCCAUCGGCCUCAGGUAUCCACAUGCCUGGGAGCUGCCGACACUGAUCCGGGUGAGCAUCGAGAGUGGGCGCAUGACCCACCACCACCCCACUGGGUACCUCGGGGCACUGGCAGUGGCCCUCUUUGGGGCACUGGGGGCUCGGGGAGAGCCCCCAGAGCGCUGGGGGGCUGAGCUGCUGCGGGUCCUGCCCCUGGCAUGGGACUACGUGGAGGGCACUGGUGUGGCUGUGGAGGACAAUGCUGCUGCCUGGUCCUUCUUUGGGGAGGCCUGGCACCGGUACCUGGACUCCCGUGGGCUUCUGGAGGGACGUGGCCCAGCCCAGGUGCCAUCCCUCCCGUCCCCAGCCGAGCGGGACACAGUGUACCUAGGCUGGGCGCUGGAGGGGUGGGCAGGGCGCAGUGGCCAUGAUGCACCCAUGGUGGCCCUAGAAGCCCUGCUGGCAGCCGGUGGAUGCUGGGAAGACCUGUGUGGCAGGGCAGUGUUGCAUGGUGGGGACAACGAUUCGACGGGGACCAUCGCUGCUGGGUGCUGGGGGCUGCAGGGGGGACUGACAUCCGUCCCCUUGGGGCUGCACUGCCGCCUUGAGCACCGUGAGCGGCUGCGCAAUGCUGCCCACCAACUCCAUGUGCUGGCCUGGGGGAGACGAUGAGCCCACCCUGUGUCCCUGGUAUCACCUGCUGUUCCCCUCCAAAGAAAGCCCCGGUGGGUCACCAGGGCACAGCAAAGACUAGCAUGGGGUCUUAGCUUGGGAGGGUCUCUGGGACUCAGCAGGCCUGGGAAGGCCCCUAGGAGAGUCCUGGGUGAAGCAGGGCCCUUCAGGGGGUGCUGGGGUCUCAGGCAAGCCCCAGGGAAACCACGAUAGCUGUGUCCGGGUGGCCUUUUACCCCUCCCCAGUUUGGGACCCCAGAACUUUCCCAAGGAGCCUCAGUUACCCCUACAGUAAAAAACAUGUCCUCCCAAGUCACUCUGGCUCUGGGUGUGUGCCUGGCGUCUCUUGUCCUGCCUCUGCCAGUGUUGAGACCAUACCUCGGUGGGACCCUCUGCAGCCAAACCUGCUCCAGGCUGAGCAGCUCCUGCAGCCCCUCCAAGAGGCUCCUGGCCAUGGGGCAUCUCCAAGGCCUGUUCCUGGGCUGGCUUGCCGACAGUCUGUUCUGUACUGAUAGCCCAGGGCUUGGACCCAGUGUUCAAAGGGUGGGCUCACCAGUACUGAGUGGAGAGGAAGGAGCACACAACACUGCUGCCACCUGCCUCCAAGUGCCACCCAGGAUAGUGAUGCAUUAUCCUUUGCAUCCUGCUGCUCAUGGUCACCUUAGUGGGCCCCAGGGUCCUUCAAAGCAAAAAGGAUGAGCCCCCAGCGGGAUGGUCCCCCAGGGUUAAUAACCCUGAGGGGGCCGGGCCUGAGAUGUGAUGGGCCAACAGGGUAAAGCACCUCUGGUGGGCCCAGGGUUAAUCAUCCCAAGGGUGAUGGGAUCAAGGACUAAUGGACCUGAAGAGUAAAAAACAACCAGGGUGGUUGCCUCCCCCCAAAGGUGAUGGCCUCCAGGAUUAAUCCCCCCCAGGUGUGAUAGGCCCCAGGGUUAACCACCCUGAGGGCGAUGGGUUUGUGCUAAGAACAGGGCUGAUAACACAGGAAUGCUUUAGUCAAAACCCCCUCAUUCUUAGGGUUGGAACAUGAAUCUCAGUGACAAAAAAACCCCAAACAACACCCCCCCCUCCAGAAAAAAAACAACAAACCAAACAAAUAAAAAACCCAGGAAAAAAAAUUGAGAUCCCGAACUACAAUUUCAAGGUCCAAAGGAUUAUUUUUCUGAUUCAACCCCAAGGUUUUCAAGUACAAAGCCUGAUUUAUAUAAUGCAAUCCUCCAAAGUAAGGAAAACAGCAUCACUUUUAAAUCCCUAAAGCCUACACUUGGGAGACCAAAUAGUUUAAGAUACAAACCCACACUUUCAUACUACAAAACUACAUUUACACGUCACAAGGUUUAUGCUUUUAAAGUUCAAAGACUCAUUUAGAGGGUCCAGAGCAUCAUUUUCAAGGCCCCAAGUUUGAUCUGGGAGGUUCAAAGCCUCAUUUGUAGAGUCCAAAGGCUCAUUUCUGGCCCCAAACCAAUUGGAUAUGUUCCAAAUGCUCCCUCUCAGAGGGAGAGAAUUCAGUCUGCAAUUUGGCUGGCUCAAAGCCGCCUUUUAAGGCUCCCCAGACCCAUUUCCUCAUGCACUUACAAUAAAGUAGGUCUUGAGCUAC